AGCCAGGCUUGCGAAGGAGGAGGGGAUUACGGCGGCCGGGUUGGUUCAGGCGGCGCCUGCGUAGUUCGGUGUUUGUGUAUUCUGGCUGCGCGGUGGCGGCGUCGGCUCCGGGGGAGGGGGAGGGGGAAGAUGGCGGCGUCCUCGCUGGAGCAGAAACUGUCCCGCCUGGAAGCCAAGCUGAAGCAAGAGAACAGGGAGGCUCGGAGGCGCAUCGACCUCAACUUGGAGAUCAGUCCGGCUCGGGCUCGGCCUAUUAUUGUGAUCACUCUAAGCCCUGCUCCCGCUCCAUCCCAACGUGCAGCCCUGCAGCUUCCCUUAGCCAAUGAUGGCAGCAGCCGUUCCUCCUCUUUGGAAAAUUCACCCCAGCACCACCAUCCAUCACGCCCCCGAAAUAUGCUGGGCUUGCCUCCUCAGCCACAGUUUCUCAUGCAUAGGAGCAUGGAAAGUAUAGAGAUUGAUCAGAAAUUACAGGAAAUUAUGAAGCAAACAGGUUACUUGACCAUUGGAGGACAGAGAUACCAAGCAGAAAUCAAUGACCUAGAAAAUCUGGGUGAGAUUGGAAGUGGGACUUGUGGACAGGUAUGGAAAAUGCGUUUCAAGAAGACAGGACACAUCAUAGCUGUAAAGCAAAUGCGUCGUUCUGGUAACAAAGAAGAGAACAAGAGGAUCCUAAUGGACCUGGAUGUAGUGCUGAAGAGCCAUGACUGUCCUUACAUUGUUCAGUGCUUUGGGACUUUCAUCACAAAUACUGAUGUUUUUAUAGCCAUGGAGCUAAUGGGGACUUGUGCAGAGAAGCUGAAAAAACGCAUUCAGGGACCUAUCCCUGAGAGGAUCUUAGGAAAGAUGACUGUGGCGAUUGUGAAAGCACUCUACUAUCUGAAAGAGAAGCAUGGUGUCAUCCAUAGAGAUGUGAAGCCUUCCAAUAUCUUAUUGGAUGAGAGGGGGCAAAUCAAACUGUGUGACUUUGGGAUCAGUGGGAGGCUGGUAGACUCAAAAGCCAAAACCCGAAGCGCUGGUUGUGCAGCAUAUAUGGCGCCUGAGAGAAUAGAUCCCCCCGAUCCUUCAAAACCAGACUAUGAUAUUCGUGCAGAUGUGUGGAGCCUCGGCAUCUCUUUGGUUGAGCUGGCUACAGGGCAGUUCCCUUACAAGAACUGCAAAACAGAUUUUGAAGUCCUUACCAAGGUUUUGCAGGAAGAUCCUCCUCUUCUCCCAAAUAAUAUGGGAUUUUCUGUGGAUUUCCAGUCAUUUGUGAAAGACUGCCUUACUAAAGAUCACAGGAAGAGACCAAAGUACAACAAACUACUUGAACACAACUUCAUCAAGCGUUAUGAGACACUGGAAGUGGAUGUGGCCUCCUGGUUCAAAGAUGUCAUGGCGAAGACAGAGUCUCCCCGCACGAGCAGCAUCCUCAGCCAACAUCACCUGCCCUUCUUCACCAGGUAGCCAGGUAGCAGCGUGGCUGUUGUGCUGAGGAGAGGGAGUUCCUUGGCAGCCAGCGAGCUCCUGAGUUGGGGCAAGAGAAAGCACCCUGGCAGGCACCUACUUUCACAAGAGCAACUCUUCAAAGGCAUUUAAUGUCUGUGCUUCACCUGCUCUGUCAUCUUUUUCGCCCAUUUCGUCUUCUUCAACAUUGCCAGGAAGAGUUGGGAUGGCUGUCUGGUCUUUCUGAAAUGCUGGAUGUAUGCCUUUUACACCUUGUGCACCAUUCAGCUUAAGAAUAGAAGGCUCUGGUGAAGAUGGUCUUUUCCAGCUUGUGCUUGAAUGGAUCUGGGGCUGAGCACCUGCCACCAGGAGUUAUCACCGAACAACACCGUGCUCCCUGCUUGUCUCUCUCCGCCACAACUGGAGGCUCAAAGACAUGCAACAGUGACCCUUGCUCACGCACUAUGAACAGACACAAAACACACAAAAGGAAAAAAAAGAAAAGAUAUUUUUUUUACCACUUAUUUAUUAAGUUUAGACUUCUGGUGCUGUGGGCUGCCUGCUGCACCCGUUCAUCUAUUCUUGCGUUAUUACAUGUUUUCUUUCUUUCUUUCAUUUUGUUUUUGUUUGUGUUUUAGGUUUGCAUUUGCUGAGGGGGGAUGGGGCUUGGGGUAGAGGAGUCAGCUCUUGCUUUAGAUUCUGAGCUUAGCUGUUGCUGUUGUCUUGGUUUCAUUUUUUCCUUAGGAUUGUGAGGACAGGAAAGGGAAGGUUUGAAGAUUAUUCUCACCCAAGAGUAGCUCAGUUAAAGUGAUUUUUUUCCAUCUUCAAUUCUUUUUGAUCUCAGGGGUUCCUUUUCUUCUUUUUUUGAGUGCGAACAAAAUUUUGUCAGUGGUGUUUUAUUUACCAAAGUGUGUAUUUGGUGCUAGGAUAAAUGCUUUUCUAUUUUCUUGCCAUAUUUAAGAAAAAGAAAAGCAAAACUUAAAGAUAAUCCUGGCAUCAAGAAAGCCAUUUAAAAAAGAGAUUCAGCCAAAAUGAUAUGUUAAGUGCUGUUUCUUAGGGAUUCUUAAAAAAACUAGUUAGUAACAAAUUUAUAUUCUCUGUAAGUCUUGUGGACUUACUGGGCUAGAUUCUCGACUGGUAACAUGUGCUUCCAGUUGAAGAAUAGUCAGUUUGCUCUUUGGAGAUCAUUGGACGGAGUCUACAAUGUCUUUGGAUUCACAAAAUAUGUAGAUUCUCAGAAGUGAGAUCCAGAAAAAUCCAAAAGGUUUGGAGGAUGAAAACAGAUCCAGCCUCAAUCCUCCUGUGCUUUACAAGUAGAGUUUCUAUCCUUCCAGUGUUUUUCACAAGAAGGAAAGAGAAACGGAACAGAAUCCAGUCAUUUCCUAAUUCAAAGGUGCCUCAUGGGCAGGCAAGCAUUCCCACAUCCAUGGCACAGGAACCAAGGUGUUUGGCUCACUUAUGUCAUGUUCAUUCAUUGCCACCAGCAACAGUGAGAAUGAGAGGUGGCCAGAUGCUUUGGGAAUGGGUCCUGGGUUUUUUGUUGUCAGUCUCCCAGUAACAAUUUCAGUUUCUCUGGUAGCGUAGAGACUAGCAUGCAACCCUCAAGCACUGCAUGUUAACCUGAAGGUGAGAUGUAUUCCUGCUUUCUCUUGCCUAGGGACAAUUUGGGUAUGAUUUUCUCCUUAUUUAUCUCAUCCUCUAGUUUAUUGCUUUGAUUGCCCAUGCAAAAAACAAAAAUCAGGACUUGGGGUCAUGAACUGCUUGACAUGUCCUCAAAAUGUGUUGCAGCGAUGGUAAUUGAUUAUCCAAAGAUAUUUGGCUAGUGCCACUCUCUGGAAUGGCGUAAUCUGCAUCUAAAAAUUUAUCUUUAUUCUGGCCAUUUCCAAAAUGAGCAUUUGUGUUUGCUAGAAUGGAGAAGUAAAUAUUGGAUGUGCUCAGUGGUAGAAUUAGUGUAAGGAGGAAUAGGUUUAGAGAGAUGAUUCAAAGAGUACUUAGGAGCGAGAGUCCAAAAUGUCAAAUAGACUGUGAUGGAGCAGUGGGUUUGGCAGUUGAACUUGCAUGCCUUGUAGGCAUGUCUGCAAAGCAUAUAUUGCCUUUUGAGGAUUUUCAGGAUUGGACAGUUUUUGGCAAAGGAUGCCAAAUACCAAAGAGGUAGUGCUUGUUUAAUGCAAGGUGGAGGUCUUCAGAUGGCUUGGAUAAUGGUUACAAAUAGAAAGUAUGUUUCUGUACUGGUUUCAGUAGUGACUUGUUAACAUGGCAACCUUUUUUAUAAUACAGAGAAAGGUCAUUAUCUUACAUAUAGGCUUUAAAGGCAAGUUGAUCUAUGUCAAGAAGGAAAUGGCAUGAAGCACAUUUUAUAAAGAGAGGUCUCUUGUAUUAGAGAGGAUAGAAUGUGAAGAACUGGUGGGAAAAAGUGCAGAGAGCUGAGAUAGAAGGUUUAGGUUUUGCGUGGACAUAAGCAAUGUUGAAGUAAGGAAGGAAUAUUGGUGUGUGGAUUUUUAAUGGGAGGUGAAUAGGAGCAGACAAGUCAGAUGGUUCUCCAAGAAUGUCUAAAAGGAUAGUGCUAGGCAGAGAGAGUCUGAGAGGUACUUACUUUCAAAGAGGAAUUCCUUUCCAAGAUGUUUCAUUUACUUCCUCAAUGGGUUGUAGCUGGGUUCACUGCAGUGCCUUCCCCAAACCCCUAGGAAUUUAAACCAUCCACAAAUAUUAUAGCUCAGUUCAGAUGUAUAUUUCUGGCUUGCUCAGUACUAGAGAUGGUAAAGUCUGGAAGAAAAAAAAACAAACAGAAAAUUGAGGAAUUUUUCCCCCCGUCCCCCCCCCCCCCCCACUUUUUCCGUUUUCCCCACAGGCUUUCCCAUCUCUACUCAGUACACAGUUUAGAAAUCCAGUUUAAAAAAAAGUUGGGUUUUUACACCCACUCCCCCUCCAUUCAUCACAGCAGUUCUGAUUAUCUUAUACUGCAGUUCCUCCAUUAAGUCAAUUGGGAGUCACUUGCAGACCCCAACUCCAGAUUUCUGAUAUAAUAAUCCACAAAAGAUGAUGUUUGGAAUUGUGGUUGUGUAGGAUGUUGAAACAAGGGCACAGAGAAGAGUGCAGUAUCUAAAGCAUUUCCCAUGCAGUAAUGAGAAGAGCAUUGUAAGUGGCAAAAUGACAGCAUUUGAAGCCUAAGAAAGGUUGGGACAGAUGUAAUAAAUAUAUAUAUUGAAAGCCUUAGUGAAGGGAAUAAAAGAUUUGAUGUGAAAUUCAGAGUAUUUUGCGUGGCCCCAGAUAGACUGGUCUUGUGGAAGUGCAUUAGUAGGGUUGUGUUAAGAUUCCCAGUCUGAUGUUAAAUGGGGAGGUUAGCUUUCCCAGUUGCAGACUGUCACUUGUCUGCACUUUUGCUCUGCAUUUUACUGUCAGGUUGGAGGAGAAUUUAUCUUGGAAGGUAGAUCAAGUUCAGGGACUAUAUUUGGGUAUUCUUUUGGUGGGGAAAUGAAACACUUGGGAAUAAGUGGAUGUUGGAGAAAGUGAGGAGUAAAGCAGUCUUGAAGAUGGAAGGUGGAAUUCCAGAUCCAAGUUGAAGAAGAGCAUGUGUUAGUAACGGAACUGGGCUGAGUGUUCAGUACUAAACAUUGAAAUUAAAUGCUAAGUGUAAGGAGAGGUAACAAAAGGAUAAAGGUGGUUAAUAGAAACUUUCUCAUAGGUACCAGUUAAGUAGCCAUGUCCUUUUAAUUCUUUUGGCUUUUUUUGCUUGACUUCGAUCUUAUUUUGCUCUGUUAAAUGUACUCCAGCAAAGUAAACAUACUUGUUGGCAGAGAAAUGAUGACACAUGAUAUAAUAGCUGGCACUGCCAUCUUUCCAAAUUGGUCAGAGGAACUUCAAAGCAGAGCUUGCUAUGAAACUGACUUCUGUCUUGACAAUAAAAGGAAUGGCAUAGUGUUGUCAAAGGCUUUCAUGGCCGGGAUCACAGGGUUGUUGUAUGUUUUCCGGGCUGUAUGGCCAUGUUCUAGAAGUAUUCUCUCCUAACGUUUCGCCCACAUUCAAUGCAAAUUAGGGUGAUUAACUGCAACAUUUACGCCAGCCUCCAACUGACAAGAGUUCUUCCCUCACCCUGGACUUCCCACAGAUAUAUAUAAACCUUCCUUGCUUAGUUUCUCCAUACCUCACAACCUCUGAGGAUGCCUGCCAUAGAUGUGGGCAAAACAUCAGGAGAGAAUACUUCUAGAACAUGGCCAUACAGCCUGGAAAACAUAAAACAACCCUGGAAUGGCAUAGCUUUUCAGGGGGGAUGGGAUUGUCUUGCCCUUGAGCUGUUCUUCAGUGCAAUCACAAUGGUAUCUUACCUACUUCAGUCAUUACCAUAUAUACUUGUGUAUAAGUCAAGAAAUGUUAGUUUAAAAAUUGACCCCAAAAAUUGGAAUGAUUCAUCAAUGGUUCAGUGUAUGUUCUGUAUCUUGUCUCUUAUUUUAAAAAGGAACCAUCUCCUUUUCUGAGUAGAGUGGCAGAUGGCAAGAGCUUAGUCUGUUCCAGGGGAACCUGAAAGAAGCACCAGAUCUUCUCUGCCAUGGCACUGAAUGUCUGGGUGGGAAAAGGAGCGCCAGAAGAGUAGAAGAGCUCAUUGCUUCUUCUAGGUUCUCCCAGGAUGAACUAAGCCCUAUCCUUUUGUCAUUCUACUCAGAGAAGGCUUGAUUCCCCUUUUUUGAGAUGAGAAUUAAUCCUGUACCUUAACUUUUAUGAAAAACACUUCCUGUCUCUGAGUAGAGUGAUGAAAUGCCUUUUGUGUGGGAAAAUUGUAGCAGUAGCUGCAUUCCCCAAAUUUUCCAAAUAUCACAUAUCAAAAUCAAUGAUUUUUGUUCCAAAACCUGCCCUCAAUUUAUACAUGAUAUUGACUUAUACAUGAAUAUAUAGGGUCCUAAUGAGUGAUAGAGGAAAGGCAGGGCAAUGGCUUUGUAAAGUGCUAAAACAGGAUAAUAGGAUAUGUAUAAGUUCUCCAAGAGUGAAUUCUAGAUAGGAUAUAUUUCAUUAACCUGAAAAAAUAUUUUGUUUCAGGCAAAGAACUAUAGGACAUAAUAGAAAAUAAAUGGUUGAAAUUAUUUAUACUAUGUUCCAGUGAGUGGUUGAGAAUGAUAUGGUCAUUGCUACAGAGGUUGUUAAGUGGGAAGCAGAUAUAGAAGUGCUGUCUUGGUUCCCUGGCAUAAAUUAGUGUGGCUGCAGUAUUCUGUUUGCUUUUACACUUGAACCUCCCAGUUGCCAACUAUCCUGAAAGGACUGACCUCUUGAAAAUCCUCUUCCUUUUGACUUCAAGAGAAAGCAAGAAUAAUCUCUGUUCCUCUUGAUGUUUUGGACUUCAAUUCCCAGAACCUGUAGUUGCCAUGGCCAUCAGGCAGAGUUGUGAGAAAUGUUGUCCCAAACAUCUGGAAGAUUAAAAGACCCCUUUCUUACUUGGAGAUUGGCCAACUUCCAAAUAUGGAAGACUCUCAAAACCAGGCUAAAAUGUAGCUUGUAUGGUUGGGAAAGCCUGGGUGGGUUGGGUUUUGGAAGGUAUUAAAGGCUUUUUAAACUAUUCAAAAACACAGGAUAUCUUUUCAAGUAAAAUUGAAAAAAAUGCAGUUUUAUUGCAUUUUUAGAAUUAUUUUUUUAAAUGUAUUAAUUUAGAACAAAUCUUUGUUAAUGUUAUUUUUAAUCUGGAUGGCUAAAUGUUUACAAUCGCCUGCCUGACAUCUGCUCUUAAAAGUGUGUGGGGCUAUUGGGCUUGGGUGGGGCACAUGUGUGCAGCGUGUGGUGCAUGCAAUUCAAACGGGGGCUUUUAAAACAAACAAAACUGUAAAAAAAAUCAUGCCAAAGGUAAGGCAGAGACUAGCUGGGUAGAUGGUUAUAUUGUAGGCAUUAGCAUUUCAAUAUAUUCUCUAUAUAUCAUAUAUUAUAAAUUUGCAUGUUAAAGUAAAUAGAAAUAACUAUCUUAUAUGGAAAGGGACUUUAAUUUUGGAUUACUUGUAAAUCUGGUCACUUGUCUUGAUUCAGGAUUGCCUGAACACCUUAAGCUUUAGCGGCUGCUUGAUUUUGUUUUGUAUUUUGUCUUGUUUUUGAAAGCCACCAAACUCUCACUUUGCUGCCUUUUCAUUAAAAAGGCCAUGGUUUAUCCAAAGUUUUGUAGAAGGGUUUGAGAGCAGAGCAAUGAAUGAGCAGCAGCAGAAUUGACUUUAGUUGCAGCCAACUUAAAACUUGUGGCCAAUUUGCAUCUCCUCAAAUACUGAAUCUUUGCUGGCCUGUCAAACUGGAAAUCUACAUCAUGGAAACUCCUGAGAGCUUUGUUCCACUGAAAUCCACCUGGACAACGCUAUACUCUUGUGAGCAGUCUGACGGUUUCAGUUCAGCUUUACUUGUUCAACCUCCCUCUUGUUAGUUCCAAGUAAUCAAAGCUACAUUUGUGAACAUUUAUUUAUUACCCAUGGGGAACUGUGUGUGUGUGUUAAUUUAUUUUUAAAUGUCCCUUUUCUUUCAGAGAGUGUAUUUUUCAGUGAUAGUAUUUGCCAAGUAGGCUGUUGAUCAAAGUGGAGAAGGGGAGGAUAGCAGAUGGACCUGGCUGCCCUCUUCAGGCUGCUUUCCAAAUAAAUCCCAAAAGUUGAAGUUUUGCAGGGCUCCAUAUGUGGGCAGUAGAGAUCCUGAAAUCUUGUAUGUUUGGAUUCGGCAAGGUUCGGUGGCCUGUCCUUUUAUUGCUCAAGGAACCUGGGCAAAGCUAGAUUGUAAACAACAGAAAGAAGGAGACAGGGUUGAGCCAUGGAUUUGUUUCUGCUCUACUGGCUUUCAAGCCUAAUGGAUCCUGUAAAAUUACUCAUAGUAUGAGGAGAAAGAUCAAGGUUGGAAUUUGGGAUAGUUAUGUGGAUUGACCAAAUUUUGUUUUGAACAAACAUGACAUUUGCUUUAAACCCUUAA